AUGGGAGGCCAAAUAACGAGAAAUGCCUUGUACGACUCUCUAGGCGGGCCAUUCCCAUCCACCACUCACCGGUGUCACCAUAAGACUAAGAGAUGUCUGCCAGUCCAGCCUGGCGGGGGUAUGCCAGUCAGUCCGCUGCUCUUCCAUCCCAACGCCAAAGGGUCCCAGAUCGUUAUGGAUCUGGCCCAGAGAACAGUGAAGAGACAGGCCAGCUUCUGCAAUGCCAUCACCUUCAGCAACCGGCCCAUAGCCCUGUAUGAACAGGUUCGCUUGAAGAUCACUAAGAAGCAGUGUUGUUGGAGUGGAGCUCUCCGACUGGGUUUCACGUCCAAAGACCCGUCCCGCAUCAACCCGGACAGCCUGCCCAAGUACGCCUGCCCGGACCUGGUGUCCCAGAGCGGAUUCUGGGCCAAAGCCCUACCCGAGGAGUUCGCCAACGAGGGAAACCUCAUCGCCUUCUGGGUUGACAAGAAGGGUCGUGUGUUCUACCGCAUCAAUGACUCCAGUCCCAUGCUGUUUUUCAGCGGCGUACGCACCAUGGAGCCACUGUGGGCUCUAAUCGACGUUUACGGCCUCACCAGAGGUGUCCAGCUCCUGGACAGUGAAAUAGUCCCUCCGGACUGCCUGCGUCCUCGAUCCUUCACCACGGUGCGAGGUUCCUCUUCACUGCGUCGUGAGGCCGACGACUCCCGCUUGUCCGUCAGCCUGUGCGACCUCAACCUGCCUCAGGAUGAGACUCGGGUUCGCCUGGCCCCCACGCCUGCCGCCUGCCCCAUCCCCCAAAACUCCCUCAACUCCCAGCAGUCCCAGCUGCUCCCGCCCGGGCUGGAGAGCGACUUGCGUUUCCACCAGCUCCGCGGCGCUCACAUCAAGACCCUGGACGAGCAGACGGUGGCGCGGUCGGAACACGCCCGCGAGGAACGCACCCUGGUCUUCACCGACAGGCCGCUCCGAUCCGGAGAGACCGUCUUCAUCAAGGUGACCAAGUCCAGCCCGGCGAGGUCCGGGUCGCUGUCCUACGGCGUGACCUCCUGCGACCCCUCCAUCCUCAGGCCCAGCGACCUGCCCUACAACCCGGAAGCGCUGGUGGACAGGAAGGAGUUCUGGGCGGUUUGCCGCGUCCCGACGCCCCUCCAGAGCGGCGACAUUCUGGGUUUCCUGGUCACGCAGGAAGGAGAGGUCAUCCUAAGCCAUAAUGGGACCAACGUGGGAAUGCAAGUCUGCGUGGAUAACUCCAGACCCCUCUGGAUGUUCUUCGGGCUCCAUGGAGCAGUCACGCAGCUAAGGAUUCUGGGUUCUACUCAUUUGGGAGAGACACGUGGGGCCUCCAGCCCCGGUUCUCCUUCGUCAUCUCCCCACACUCCCUCGGCUCUUUGCACUGGAAGCUCAGAACCUACCCUCAACGGAGGAUUUUCUGGAGCGUUCUGUAGCUCCACCGGAGGAACGACACCCAACUCACCCGUCAGCCUCCCAAAGUCCCCCACCUUCCCAUCAGCCUCUGGCUCGUGGACGGACGAGUGUUCCAUCUGCUACGAGAACGCGGUGGACACUGUCAUCUAUGCGUGCGGUCACAUGUGUCUCUGCUACACCUGUGGCCUUCGCCUGAAAAAAAUGUCCAACGCGUGUUGCCCCAUUUGCCGUAGAGCCAUCAAAGACAUCAUAAAAACCUACCGCAGCACGUAG